UCAUAUCUCGAGAGGCGACUUGUUGGAUCCGUUUUAGUGGGCGACCGACAGCAAUUCAGAAAUAACUAGGGCCCAGGGGAAAAACAAAUGACCGAACAGAAAUUAUUAUUAUUUUUGCACGACCAAAGAUUGCACGUCUGGUUGCUGGCGCUCCCGAUUCCGAUUCGCGUUGCUCCAGAAAUUCCGACCCAAAGUGAUACAACAUUAAAUCUACCCGAAUUAACGCGCUGCUGUGAUAAAACGAAACGAAAACGUCGUGUUUUAAUUAAUUAGUAUUAAUUAGGACAUCGGGCGCGAGUGCAACUUUUGAUUAUCCUUGCCUCGGCACACGUAACUCUAUACGCAACUGGGUGGUAGGUGGCGCUCUUUUGAAUCAAAAAAUUAAAACCCAAAUUGCACUCUCUUGAGCGCAGACAAACCGGAUGGUCAAUUAAGCGUACAGGACGUACGCACGCCAUUGGCUCCCAAUAAGGCCUCGGCGGAUGAGUGAGAAUCAAAUAUCACAGUGACCGAAGGCGACGGUGCAAAACUUUAAUUAAUUUCAACGUGACAACAGAACCGGAAACAGUACCGCGAUCAUCCAUCGGCACAGCACAGCAUGAUGUGGGUUUUCCAUGUGCUCUGGCUGAUUAUGGUUCUCGUCCUGUUUUUCAUGAUACUGCGACGAAUUUAUUAUUUUGGCAUGCAAGGUAGCGAACAGCAAGAUAUUGAAAAUCAUCAAAUCGGAGAUAAUCGACAAUACUACAUCUUUACGGUGUACGGAGCAGCACAGCCCGAUCCUACCGCUAGACCAAGCCAAGUAGAGCUGCCUCCCCCAAAUUAUGAAGCUGCUCUUCCACCUCCCAAAUAUGAAGAAGUGAUAAAAUCGCCCGAGAUCUACCAGAAACCACCGCCAGUAUACAGUCAAGUGUGAUAUUUAGUUCUUUAGGCAAACAAUAAAUUUAAGGUUCCGUUUAUUUAUUGUGUGACAGAGAAAAAAACAAUGAUCUACGUCAAGUUAAUAGAUAUUAUCCGAAUUUCAUCGUAAGGUUUGUCGGUUUUGGGAUUAGUUUUGCUAUUACAAAUAUUUUGAACCACUUCCAUGCCUUUAUGAACUCUUCCGAAAACGGUGUGCUUAUUAUCCAACCAAGGCUAAAAG